AUGAGUUCUGGCCAGGAUAGUAACUUUCUUGAUGGGGAAGAGGAACAGGGUUUAAGAGAAAUCUGGAACUGUUGUCGAGAGAAACAAUUAACUAGAAAACAUCUAACCAUGGAAAAAUCAAGUAAAGGUGUUAAGCGUGAUUUCACUGUUGGAAAUCCGGACGUCUUUGGUACGCAGUUUCUGCUUACAUUUCCUCGAAUUCCUGGUCUAGUAACAUAUUACUACCUCUACCUGGAUCUGAGCACAACGGCCGGAGGUGACGUCCAAGUGAACGUGACCACGCCCCUUCUGAUGACGUCGAUAUACGAUCAGUCGUAUACAUUUCAAAGAAACACCGGGUUACAAAUAAAUCUGCAUCGAGAUCUCGUCAUCAGACAGAACGGCCUGUCCAAUAAAACAGUCCUUGUGACGUCAGACAAAAGUAUUUCCGCUUACGUCACGGGUACGAGUCUGGAACACGACAAAUCUCUUGGAGGGUACCGAAUUUUACCGGUGGACGUUCUAGGUAAGCACUACUUCGUGGCGACACUCUGUAAAACGGGUAAAUGUCAGAUGGUGGUCACAGCGGCCUAUUCGAACACUGUCGUCAGAAUCCGCCUCCGACUAGCCACGGCAAAAGCAACUGUCCAACACGACGGCGUUGGGUACAAACAAGGCGACACAAUUCAAAUACAACUCGCCAGGUACGAAAGUGUGCAGAUUGUGUGUCAGGAAGAUAUGUCCGGUACAGAGGUGGAGGCCAACAAACGUAUUGCCGUCUUCAGCGGCGGAGAGAAAACUGACUUUUCAUUUCCAGUUUACGAUCAGGUAAUCGAACAGCUUAUUCCAGUCUACGCUUUGGGCACCGAGUAUAUCGUGGUACAAGCUCCUAAGCGGGAUGAUUUCAAUGAUCUGAUCAUGAUCGUAGCCACGGAAGAUAACACAGCGGUCUCCGUUAGCUCCGGUUACUCUUCGAUCUUUCUGCAAUAUUCUGGACAAGUGUCUCAAUUCAUAAUCAAUCAGGAUGCGUUCAUCAACAGCACCAAGCCAGUGAUGGUGGUGCAGAUUCUGGACAGUUGUUUCGCGAAAUGCGACACGGCCAUCAUAGUAGUGCCGUCCACCACACAGUACAUGAAGUAUGACACACUCAGAAUAUCCACCAUCCACACGGUGUUCAUCACUGUCGUGACAGAGACAGCGUCCAUCAACUUUGUGGAAAAGAAUAACAUUCCUAUGGUCGAUUGGCGUGUUCUGGUCAGCGAUUCUAAGUGGAGUGUCACGAGUACGAACUUCACUGACGGAGUUCAAGACAUCACCAGUAACAACGGGUAUGGAACCAUUGCGGGCUUCAUCAGUACGGAAGAUCUACUAUUAAGUGCAACCGAGGCUUUUCCACUGGCAUUCAACUUAAAUAUAAUUAACCAGGAGCCAGAUGUAUACGUGAUCAUCUCAUCUUUCAUUUAG